CUCAAGAGACCCUGGGAAACAUACCAUUCACCUUCCCUUCAAACUUCCCCUCACCAACCACGCCGCCCACUCCCGCCACCUUUCCACCUCAUAAAUCAGAUCACAAGCUCUUCACCGCCGUCGACUAUGCCUGCCGCCCCAACAUCACCUUCAUAGAUUUCAACUCCAAGCUGAAGCGCAUUACUCCGAAGCCCCGCAGGGAACCAUGAGUUGAAAUUAAGAGCAGUGGCAAGCUUAAGGCAUAAUGGUCACCGCCGAACCAGACCAAGGGCAACGUGCCCGCUUCCAGCAGGUCUUUUCGCGCCUGCAGGAGCUUACGGAUUAUAUAUGGGAUACUGAUAUUGAGCCCUUUCACUCUUCCUACGAUAACUGGCACUUCUUUGGCCACCAUAGGGCCCAGCAUGACAGGCCUGUUUCACGCGGUCGCAGCACCGUGAAUUCCAUUUCAUCGCAAUCGCCCGACUCGGUCCGUCCCAAUCUUUCACGAAGCCAUAAAUCGAAUGGAAGCGAUGCCAGCGCAGCUACUACGAAAACCACCCACUCCGCUCACACCGCUAUCAAGGACGCUCCGAAGGAAUUUAGCGUAGUAUGCCGUAUCUCUACACACGUCCUGCGUCUGGAAAGGGAAUACCAGAUCAACAAGCGCGUUGUGAAAGAAUCCGAUCCCGAAUGCCGUCACUUCGUCCGACCCAUCGAGUUCAUCAGAUUACCUCAUAAACAUGGACAGAGCGAGCCGGUAGUGGCCAGCAUAUUCGAAGCGCCCGGUCCCGACUAUCUUCGUGAUAUAGUUUCAUUCGGUCCGAAUACCUACAACAUGGUACACCAGGGAAAUGUCUGGGAGUCAACUGCAUUGGAGCCGACAGGAGGAGUUCCUUUGCUCAAGUUUCUCGACUUCGCCGUUGGUUCGACAGAGUGUCUCGAAAUUCUACAUCAUGGACACCAACUCGUACACGGAGAGUUGAGGGGAGAUGCCUUCCAUUUUGCCGAGUCCGGAGCUGUUCGGAUGAUCAACUUUGGCAGUGGCGCGAGAUCAUUUGAGAACAGUCUUACUUCAGCAGGUUGGAGCACGAUCAGCAAGGAGGUUGGCAUAGAAUCGAAAUUGGCCUUCAUUGCUCCCGAGCAGACUGGUCGCUUGCCAGCCGAACCAGACACCCGUACUGAUAUCUACAGCUUGGGCAUUCUUUUCUAUUCGAUGCUCUGCGGGGAGCUGCCCUUCACUGGAAAUACUCCUCUCGAUGUCAUGCAAAAUGUACUGAGCAAGCGCAUUCCUCCAAUCACCUCAAAACGCCUAGAUAUCCCCGAACCAUUAUCGCUUAUAAUCCAACGCAUGACGCAAAAGAAUAUUGAAGAGAGAUAUCACUCCACGGCCGGUCUGAAGCAUGAUCUCACACGAGUUCGGGAGCUGUUGUCCGAAGGAGAUUGCGAUGGCUUGAAAGCCUUUCAGGUUGGAACGCAGGACGUCAAUUGUUUCUUCAAUCUCCCAAUCAGACAGAUUGGACGCCAGCGCGAGCGUAAGGUCAUCAUUGAUGCUAUUGAGCGCCUCGCUCGUCGCAGGCGUCGAGCACCUCAUCUCAUCAAAGGCCUAGCGAGUAUUAGCUCGAAUUCGUCCUACUCUGACCAGCGAAUGGACACAAAUCAGCUGGACGAUAUCAUAUCCGAUAGCACGAGCUCAAGAGGCUCUACUAGUAGGCUGAACAGUGUUUCCUCAUCCCGUCCGGUGUUACUAGACUCUGCGUCACCGAAUUUCCAGCGAUCGCAAGAUAGCAUAACACGAUCCGAUGCGUCAACUAUAGACGAGAGCCAUGAUGGCCGAGCAACACUAUCAGUGGGCAACCGAGCGUCGAGCAACAGCAUUGACAGCUCCUUGACACUAUCACGAUCCAACCAAACGGUUAGCUCAGAUGCUGGUUCAAUUCUUCGCUCUGUAUCCGGGGCUUCAAGAUUGAGAAGAAGGACUCGAUGCGAAGUUGUGGCAGUCGGUGGACCUACAGGGCUAGGGAAGACACGACUAGUUCAAAGCAUACAGACGAUUGCGCGGAGUCAAGGUUACUUUGCGUCCUCGAGAUUUGAUCCAACACGCAAGGCUCCGUUCGAGCCCAUACUCCGACUCAUGUCAUCUCUAUUUCGCCAGAUCUUCUCCGAGGCCGACGUGACGACCGAUUUCCACAAUAAUUUAAGAAACUACCUGAAGAAUUCUGGAAUGUGGGCCAUUCUUCGUCGUUAUCUUGACCUUCCAGAAUGGUUACUAUCGACUGGCGGCCAUGGAGCGGUCCAGCAUGAGACGGACACGCUUCAAUGCCCUCGCCAGGGAUCUUCCCCUGCUGUGCACUGCGGAUCAUCCUCCCACACAGCAGAAUCGUGGUUGAGGAGUGGAGGGGCUUCCAAAUCCUCCCGCUUCGUCAACGUCUUUGUCGACGUUCUGCGCUUCCUAGCCAUGCAUAAGUUAUGCAUUUGGACUCUUGAAGAUGUACAAUUUGCGGACCCGGAGUCAGCCGAGCUCAUUCAACACAUUAUUUCGGCCAAAAUAGGUAUACUGCUCAUCAUCACUUAUCGCGAAGAAGACUCUCUAUCCCGUGAACUACGACAUCUGCUUCCAUUAGCAACUAAGAUCACACUCGAGCCUUUCAAGGAACACGAGACCGCUGAGUACGUUGCAGAGACUUUGCAUCAAAAUUUGGACUACAUUGUUCCUUUGGUCGCUAUCAUACAGGAGAAGAGCAGAGGCAAUCCGUUCUACAUCAGAGAAAUCCUUGAUACUUGUCACCGGAAACAAUGCGUCUAUUAUUCCUGGCAGGGAAAUGCAUGGCAGUUCGACAUCGACAAAGUGUUCGAAACGUUCGAAAACCCUCAAUACGGCGCAUCCUUAGGCAAUGAUUUCAUAGCCAAACGUGUGCAGGAACUCCCUGAUCACACCCAAAAAAUGAUUGCCUGGGCAUCGCUCAUUAGUUGCUCUAUAUCCUACAAACUUUUGGGGAAGGUCUUGAUUGCCCAGGACUUCACAGGAGAUUUGUCCGGUCUGCCAUUACUGAACAAACGAGAGGACAUAGUCCAUGCACUGAAUUCAGCUCUGGGUGCCUACAUUCUGCAGCCAGCCGAUGACGAAGACCGAUUCCGCUUCAGUCACGACAGGUACCUAUCAGCCGCCUCGGAUUUGAUCGAACAGCAGUGGGAUACAAAGCUCAUGCACUACGUAAUUGCAAAGACCCUACUUGCGAAUGAAGACAUACAGGACGAUGAUCUUGGCUCAAAGUCCCUCUAUCUGAGAAGUCGUCACAUAUGUCUGGCGGUCGAUCUCAUUAAAUUGAGGGAGCCCAAUAGAGCGGUUUUCCGCGACGUCCUCUACCAAGCUGCGGAAAGUGCAUGUGAGUCCGGUGCUCGCUCCACUGGAAUCUUCUACUACGCCCAUUGCUUGCUCCUCUUACAAGACGAUCCAUGGGACGAGAGCAAGCCUGAUGUGAACUACCAGGAAACUCUUCAGCUUUUUGUACGCUCUGCUGAGUGCUACUGGCAUCAAGGAAUGCAUGAAGAAGCCCUGGCUUUGAUUCGUACAACAUUCCAGAAGGCGAGGGACCCAGUUGACAUGGCUAGCUCAUUUAUCUUACAAUCACGGGUUCUCGCUAUCCGGGGCGAUGCUUACGGUGCCUUUCAAGCUCUACGGGACUGCUUGUCACUUUUGGGCUGCCCUGUUCCACCCACUACUUGGGAGCAAUGCGAUGCAGAGUUCCGAGAGAUAUGGUCGCGUCUGCAGAACAUAGACAAGCAUGAACUCGUCUCGAGGCCUGUGUCAGAAGAUCGCAAUUUAUUGACAAUAGGGCCCAUCCACGCCGAGCUGCUCUCCGCUGCCUUCUGGAGCAACAGUCUGCUGUUUUUCCAAGCAGCGUUAGCGAUUGUCCGAUUGAACCUGGAUCGAGGUACUGUCUCACAGGCUGCGCUGGGCUAUGUAAACCUUGCUACGAUCGCUGGAGGUCGCUUCAACAUGAUUCAGGCUGCUGUCGAAAUAAAUGCGAUAGGAAAGCAACUCUGCGACAAGUUUCCUAAUGACCAUUACACUUACGGCCGAGCCCAAACACUCGCAACGCUGUUCAUCGGUCAUCUGGAGGGGCCCCUUCCUGAUCUCAUCCCUGGUCUCAGCCUAGCAAUGGAUGCAUCGGUGCAAUCGGGAGACCGUAUCCUUAGCCUCUUAAACCUGGGCGUUGUUGCCCACUUCAAGCAAAUGGCAUCACAUGAUGCCGCUGAGCUAGAGGCCUGGAUAGACGAUGCACCCCUUGAAUUUAAAGAUUGGAAGCUGGAUAUGCGUGGUGGCGUCAUGCUCAAUGGCGUAAAGCAGUAUGCCCGAGCUUUGCAGGGCAAGACCAACGUAAAUGAUCCCUCGUUAGUCUUUGCUGAUUUGGAUCACGACCCGUCUUCCUACGUAGAAUACUUGGAGAAGUCAUCAAGCACUCCGAAACGACCUAAGACCUUCUAUCUAGCCUUCAAACUACCCAUACUCGUGCUCUAUGGGCAUUACCAGGCUGCAAUCGAGUUGGGCGAGAUGUUGGGACCUAUGAUAGAAAGCCUUUGGGUCCAACGACUGGUCUAUUCCAGCUACUACUAUCUUUCUCUUGCUUACAUGGGAGUACUUCGAGACGAACCAAAUCACCCUAAAAGAGAACCGUACCUAGAGUACGUACGCUGGACCCUACAGAAAAUGGAGGCCUGUUGUACUGUCACCGACGUCAAUUACACAGGCUGGAUGAGUUUGCUCAAUGCGAUGCUAGCAGAGAUCACUGGCGAUCCUCAUACGGCGCUCAAUCUAUAUGAGGUGGCAAUGGAUCACAAUGAAAUUUUCCACAUGACCCUGGACGAAGCCUAUUCGUUCGAAAUGUACGCAGAAUUUAUGAUUCGCAAAAAGGCCACUCGAUCGGCUCGUCAUGCUCUUAAGGAUUGCAUGUCAACGUACAGGAGAAUGUCCGCAUACGGCAAGGCAAAUCACCUUACCGCAAAAUACGAAUGGCUUCUCCGUGGCACUUCCUCUCUCAGUACCUCGGACGCUUCCUGCCAGACUAAUGUCAUUGACACCAAUAAUACCAGCUACAGGCUCGAGCAGAAUGAAGAUCAAGAGGUUGAGCUUCGAGGUGGUCUCGAGACAGCUGUAGAUCGAACCACAGCAUGGAUCUCGCCAGAGUCGGCUCAGGCAUUCAACAAGAAGGGCGAAAAUCCACAAGAACUUCAAACUGGUUUGUCUGCAGUGGGACUUGAUAUGCUGGAUCUAAGUUCAAUCCUUGAGUCGAGCCAGAUUCUAUCUAGCGAGCUCAAGGUUGAGAAACUACUCGCUAAGAUGGCCGAGAUCAUCUUGGAAAGCACAGGAGGCUCUCUGGUUGGAAUUGUCAUCGAAGACAGCCAGAUCGAUUGGACCAUUGCUUGUGUGAGUACCAACGAUCCCAAUGGGUCCUAUCCCACCGGAACCACUUCUUUCCCCGGAGGUCAACCUCUCGACACGGUAGACGACAUCCUUGCUCGACAAGUAACUCUCUAUGUGCUCCGAUUCCGUGAACUAGUCUUUGUUCAAAAUCUACUCGAGGAUGAAAGAUUCUCCAACGUGUCUGAGGCGUACUUGGAACAGAACCCAGGCGGCAAAGCUGUUAUCUGUCUUCCCAUUUUGCACUCAGAGCGCGUGAUAGGGUCUAUCUAUCUAGAAGGAGAGCCGUACUCGUUCACCGAGAGGAACACAAAUGUGCUUCGACUUCUUGUCAACCAGAUCUCGAUCUCUCUCGCGAAUGCUUUAUUGUUCAAAGAAGUACAGAAGGUUUCUGCCAGCAAUGAAGCCAUGCUGGAGGUUCAGAGGCGAGCGCUUGCCCAGGCAAGAGCGGCGGAGAUCAAGGCCAAGGAAGCGGAAGCCAACGCUGUUCGUAUCAUGAAGCUUAAAGAAGAGGCCGCCAAAGCAAAAUCGCUGUUCUUAGCCAAUGUAUCCCACGAACUGCGGACCCCCUUGAAUGGAGUUAUAGGAAUGUCCGAACUGCUCAAGGCCAGCACACUCAAUCAGGAACAGGCUGGCUACGCUGACAGCAUUCGGGUCUGCGCCGAUACGCUCCUUAGCAUCAUCAACGAUUUACUUGAUUAUUCUAAGCUUGAAGCUGGGAAAAUGAGCGUAAUCUCGAUGCCUCUAUCGUUGAACGAGACGAUAACGGAAGUCGUCCGUGCAUUAGCAUAUACCAAUGCAGAACGCGGGCUCAAAACUGUUGAGCAACUUGAGCUUGAUCCGGAGCUCUUGGUCAUGGGAGACCCUGUGCGUCUGCACCAGAUCCUGAUGAAUUUGCUCUCCAACAGCUAUAAGUUCACGCCCAAAGGAUCUGUUACUGUACGAGCCGUGGUGGAUAAAGAAAGCGCCGACUGGAUAGAUGUCACGUGCAGUGUUAUCGACACAGGUAUUGGCAUCCCAGACGAGCAGAAAAAGAAGCUUUUCCUGCCAUUCAGCCAGAUCGAAUCGAGCAGUAGUCGCUCUUAUGGUGGUACUGGUCUAGGUCUAAGCAUAUGCAAAGCUUUGAUCGAGAACGUCAUGAAAGGAAAGGUAUGGCUCGAAAGCACCCCGGGUGUGGGCACCAACGUGUCUUUCUCCCUGCGAUUUGAGAAGGUCGCGCAGGCAGAAGCUGCCAACAGACACAAGCUCUCAAGGGAACCUGACCUCAUGGCCAAAUUCUCGAACCAAGAGAACAAUGGACAUGACGCGUCAUCGGGCGCAUGCAUUGACCUGACCACCAUCCCUCGAAAUGAACUUCGUGUUUGCAUUGCAGAGGACAAUCUUAUCAACCAGAGAAUCGCAAUAAGUUUCGUCCAGAAACUCGGAUUCAAGUGCGAUGCAUAUCUGGACGGAUACAAGACCAUCGAGGCUCUCGAGCGAGCCGUUCAGAAUGGCCGGCCUUUCCAUUUGAUCCUUAUGGAUGUACAGAUGCCGCACUGUGACGGUUAUAAAGCUACACAACUGAUCCGGAAGCACAGCGACCCAACGAUCCGCAAUAUCUUGAUCAUUGCAAUGACUGCCAGUGCCAUUGCAGGUGAUCGCGAAAAAUGCCUAGAAUCUGGCAUGAACAACUAUCUGGCGAAACCUGUACGGGCGCAAACGCUAAAGGCUCUCUUGGAGUCAUAUCUGUCUAAGGAACAAGACGAUGUGCCCAACCUACAACAAGAGGCCACCAAGCUGGUGAAGGAAGCUUUAACGAACGCCAACCAAGGGAAAGAUUCGAAUGGCGGUUUACCACAAGAAUCCAAAGAGACACCCAAGCGCAAGGAUGCCGUGGAGACGAACGGAACACACAAAGAACACUUGCCAGAACGACCACGCUCAGUACGGAUGAAUACUGCGCAGCGCGUCAAAUCGGAAGUAGAACACCCCAGCACCAACGGCGAUCUGAAGUCGCAAUCUUGAAAGCGUACGGAUCAAUGAAUACCCCAGGUGAACGAAUUUUCUUAAUGGACGGAGUUGCUAUGAUUGGAAAACAGGAAACGUCACUGAUACCAUGGCCUUGUACACCACCUGGAUCUUUAUUUACGGAGGGUUUACAGUGUGCUCCAGGGUUAUGGGGUCAAGCUACAGAAUGACAUGGCGCCCUGCGGUAAACGAAAUACUCGUGUACAUUUCUCUGAGCUGAAGCGACUGUUUAUGGAUUUGGAUCCGUACAUACCUAUUUGUAUAUAGAUGAACAUGGGCGUACUGUAGUGGUUGAUCCACUUGGACAACCCGAUGACUGUUUCUGAGCAUUCGGGAGGGUUACAUACUGGUAGAUUUGCGUUGGGAGAUAUGAUUGAUUUGAUAAUGUCACUCGUCUUAGUAUGAAUAUGAUUGCCAC